AUGAAUAUUUCAUCUUACAUUUUGGAUGCGCACAUAUCCCCCUCCGCUGCUCCCGCCCUCCUUUGGUCAUAUUACAUUUCUUAUCUUUGGAACUAUGAACCAGACUCAUGGGUGGCGACGAUAGCUUACUCCACCCGCAUCCUCGCUAUACUCGUUAGCCUGCCGUUGGUUAUUCUUGCGUUGUUGGACAUCGCGUCAUACGCCAUUGCCCGAACUUUGGGUGUUAUCGACGACGUCAAGGCUUCGACAAGCGAUAAAGCAACUAUUCACUUCCCGCCAUCUAUUCUUAUCGGUGGAUCGUCGAGUCCCAACAGCGAAUCAACGCUCAGUGAUUCAGACUCGUUUACAGAUCCUAGUCUUUGCAACAGAUUACGGAGUCCACUUUCCGAUUCUAUAUCUGAAGCGAAUGGUGGUUCCUGUGCAUCCCAACAUGUCUUCUAUGCCGAUGACUCGGAGAAUAAUCUGAAGCUGUCCGGCGUCGGCGUUUUCUCGCCAGAAGCUUCUCAGCCCCCUUCACCUACCAUCACUCGUCGGCAGCUAAAUGUCGAGGUCAAAGAUUCACUGAAAGAGGAGGAUGAAGAGGUGCACAUUCGUCGCAGAGUCACUCAAUGGGUCGAGGGUAGUGAUACUUCCUCUGAGAGUGGGAUACCGAAAGGUGUACACGAAAACUAA